AUGCUCUACUUCAUGCCCGGUGCUUUCUUCGCUCUAGCCUUCCCUAUACUGAACACAAGAAACGUGAGUUUUAUGCCAUCAAAAAUCAAUAUAAUCACUUCUUCAUAGGUAUUCUAUUCUCGAAUUUUUUUUUCAACUUUCUUCAAAAUGUGACGAGUUUCGAAAUAAUCAAAAAAUAAGUUUUUACGUCUUCCAAACUGCAUCGGACAAACAUUAAAAAAACCGCCUUGACUUCCAUAAAUUUCAGCUUCCCGGAGAAGUUUUCAUCUACUACGCCCAACACGUGGCAAUUCUCGUUGUGCCCCUCUACUUGAUGUAUAUUCGAGGAGCAUUCGAACCCGAGAAAUCCUACGAUUUUGGCUGGACAGUUUUUGGCAUCUCCAUGUUUUCACUCUACCAUUUUGCGGUUUUACAAGCAGGCGCUAUGGUAAGUUCAUGAUGAUCUUGUUGUUUCCGGAAAAAUGAAGUCGAAAUCAAACUUUUGGAAAAAUAGGAAGAAAGAGAACUGAAGACGGAAAAAAAGUUUUGAAACGCAAAGUUGUUUUUAUUUUUUUUUUUUUGGGAUUGGAAUAGACUGCGGUCGUUUCACAUCAAUCAAAUUAUUUAUCAAACAUUUUUACUCUAGCGACCACAUUGAUGAAGAGAUAAGCCGGUAACCAAGAGAACAGAAAACCAAUUUUUAAACAACAUGAUUGAAACAGGAAAGAAGCCAUAAAAAGUUCAAACUUCAGUACACUCGUGUGAACCUGAACAACAUCAUGUGUCCAGCGGUGUCAGAUCCAUUCCAAACGCGGCUCUACCGUAUACUUGCCGUCUGCCACCAGUGUCUACUCAUCCCGAUCCUGUCCAAAACCUACUCGGCUCUUGGGACUUCAUUUGUCAACUCCAUACGUCCAAUAUUUGAUGUCGAACCAGAACAUAAAAAAGCAGAAUAG